AUCGCACCCGCGGUACCAACUUUAUCUUCCAUUCUCAGCUCCGGUAUUUCAGUUUACAUUGAUUACAAGUUCUAUCCUCAAUCUUCAUAUUACCAUUCUACCGGCUACAAUGGCCCCAGCUGCAGCUACCCUUCCAGCUGAGCUUGUAGACCUCCUGUCUCUACAUUCUUCCUUUCUCACUGCUCUGUCUCUAUACUAUGCGCACAAUGGAACUGCAACACCCGCCGACCUGCGAGAACUUGCUCCAUCUAUCUCUGCUAUCUGGCAGAAACGCAAAGUCACUUUCGACGACAUCAGACUCUGCGUCGGUGUCCUAGGCGCCGGACCAGCGGGCAAUCGAAAUCCCUUCUACCUUUCAGACUACACACAAGACAAGGUCUGUCUCGAGAUCAGCGAUGAUUAUAAAAUGGGUGCGAUGGGUGCAUUGAACGAGGAUGCUCUUCAGGCGAUGUUCAUGGAAAAUUUGGACCAUUUGUGGAGGGUGUGGAGUGACUCUCGCGUUGUCAAACUAAGCCCUCGACCCAUUGCCACGCCCAAGCGACGAGCACGAGCCCGGAAAGCCGGUACCACGCAAACCAUGAUCCAAUCAUUUGUCGACGAGAACACGAUCUCGAAAUUCCUCUCCCAUCUUCCUCAAGCCGAAAUUACGCUAUGCUCAUCAGCAGCAGCCGUUGCUCCUCUUCGCGAAAAGGGGCGCAAGCGAUUGAGGGAAUUUCAAGACAUUCAACAACACGGACGUAGCCAAAAGAAGUCCCGCGAAUCAACAGGGAAAGAGAAUGAGCCAGCUAUCCUGAACACACAGUCAGCCCAGCCCAAAAUCACCGAAUUCGCAUCUGUCCGGAAAUCAAACCUCCUCGAUCGCAUCCUCGCAAAGCAGGAGGCAGCCAAAGCGGGCCCAACCCCUCCCUCACCCGCUGAGCUUCAACGUCGCGCUGCCUUGCAACGCUCAGAGGAGGUCCUGGGUGUCUUGUCUCUUCUCGCCGCGUCCAAGGGCCCGGGUGGAAGAGUUUCAUUCUCCAUGGCUGCACUUCUACAAUCCAUCCAAAGUUCCAUUCGUACACCGCUCUCGAAAGAUGAAGUUUUGAAGUGCGUAGAAGUACUUGCGAACGAGGUCACCCCAGGCUACGUCAGCGUGCUACGCAUGGGGGCCAUUUCAAGCGUCAUCAUUAAUUCGAGCCUGAGACCAGUAGAUGUGAAGAGCAGGCUGGUAGCGCUGGGCGCUGCUUAAACUCCCAUCAUAUUACUCCUAAUUCACCUGCAGUAUCUGCUUCUUUUUUUAGGGAAUAUUCUAUAGCGACGGCGUUACCUCUGCUCGAUACCAUAUUGCAUUUUGUUCUCAAUACUUCAAUACUAUUCAUUUACACAUCUACUUCUUCGCGUGCAGAAUGAGUGACCGAUCCCUCUGACAACCUCAGCUGCAAAACUCCCACUGAUCUAUCACACAUUUUCCCUGAAGGAUCUCUGGUACGCA